UCACUAUAACAACUGAUCAUGUGUUUUGAACUUUAGAAGAGUUUAGUCUUAGUACACAAGCAUGGACUUCCAUGCUAUCGCGGUGUUUGUUUGUUACAUAGUUCUAUUUCAAGCAUCAUCAAUAGAAUGCAACUACCAUCUCUCUUAUUCCAACAACAUCACAACAUCAGACCAGGAGGCUACAGUAGCCGGUAUUAUACUGGGAGUCUUAUUUACCCUGGGGAUCAUGAUAUCUGUAGCAGUGUGUAUCGCCCUAUUCUGCUGUAAAUCUAAGAACGGCAGUAACCGACUGGUCAGUCAUAAUGACGUCAGACACUCCUCCCCCACCACCGUCACUUUUGUCACCAACAACAGUCCUUCUAGCCCCGGUCAUUUCCCGGUCUGUGCCGAGGGACCCCCUCCUUACCGCUCUUUAUUUCCGAGGUCGCCACCACAAGGCACCACGCCACAGCAGACGAUACCUAUUUCACCACCACCAAUGUAUUCAGAAACAUAA